CUCCAUAAUCAGCGAGGUGUACCGCGUUAACUAACCAUCCAUCACCCUCUUUCAUCAUUACCCAUCUGCCUCCAUCGCCAUGAACAACGUCACCAAGGCUCUUUCUUCCGUUACUUCGACCGCUACCAAGCUGUCUGGUCCUCUUGUUUACAAUGCCAAGGUCGCUGGACAGAUUGCCAAGCAGGUCUACAUCCGCGAGGGCAUGGCUCCCCCAACUGGUGCUCAGAUUGAGGCUGCUAAGCAGGCGACUCUUAAGUUUGUCCAGUCUGCUCGCUCCACCAAUACUUGGAAGAACAUCUCUAAGGAUCAGUACUUGAAGGCAGGACUUGUUGCUGCUGAGGCUUACACCUUCUUCUUGAUCGGUGAGAUCAUUGGACGCAGGAACUUUGUUGGCUAUGAUGUCAAGAGUGCUGAUGACCACGCUGGACACCAUUAAUUCGUGUGCUAUACAACGGCUACGAAGUUU